GCAGUUUACAAGGGACUGAGGGGGGAGCUGGGAGGAUGGAGUACUGCUGAGAUAGAUUUGGGUAUCAUCAGCAUAGCAGUGGAAGUUGACUCCAUGAUGGCACAUGAUCUGGCCGAGGGGGAGCAUAUAAAUGGUGAACAGGAGGGGGCCAAAUGUGACAGCAGUUCACAUGUCAUCUUCUGCAGUGUACAACCAGUUUAUGGAGCACAGCACCCCCCUCUCGACCCACGAUUGCGUCGCACAUAUCCCAAAGACACAAAGCCCAAGUUCAACAAUCUUAAGUCUAAAAAGGCCUCUAGCUUCCACGAGUUUGCUCGCAGCACCAAUGAUGCUUGGGACAUCGACGAGGAGGAGGACGAAGAUUUCCUCAGCACGCCUGCUCCAACUUUAAGCUCACCAUCAGGCCAUCACUCCACAUCCACACAGGACCAGCAGCAGCAGCAGAUUCAAGCUGAUGAUACAGAAACGGGGGUGUCUGACAAACUGGCACCGCCCAGCACAGAAGCUCUAGACUUCCAGGAUGUGCAGGAGGAGGAUGCAGAAUACUGGGAGCAUGUCAACGGCAAGGUUGUCAAGUCUAGCAGCGAUGCCCACCUCAACAUGUCUUCAGUCCGCUCCAGCCUGCAGAAGCAGCAUUCUCUCCCAGUCCGUCCCAUCAUCCCACUGGUGGCUCGCAUGUCGGACCAGAACGCGUCAGGGGCCCCACCCAUGACGGUGCGGGAGAAGAGCCGGCUGGACAAAUUCAAGCAGCUGCUGGCCAGUCCCAACACUGACCUAGAGGAACUCCGGAAGCACAGCUGGUCGGGCAUUCCCCGAGAAGUCCGGCCGAUCACAUGGAGACUCCUCUCUGGCUACCUGCCAGCCAACAAAGAGCGCAGAGAGCUGGUGAUGAAGAGGAAGCGAGAGGAAUACUUUGGCUUCAUAGAGCAGUAUUACCACUCCAGAACAGACGAGCACUAUAAAGACACUUACAGACAGAUCCACAUCGAUAUUCCGAGAACCAACCCUCUGAUUCCCCUGUUCCAGCAGCCGGCAGUACAAGAG